AUGUUCACCACCUCCAUCCUCCUCUUCUUCACCUCCCUCCUCCCCACCCUCAUCACCGCAACCGACCUCCCCAAAUCUCGUACCGUCAACCCCUCCCUAAAUGCCGCCCUCCGCAUGGCAGCCACAAACUUCGACCGACAAGCCCUCCUGCCCGCUGACACAGACUGGUACUACGACUUCGAUUCAAACCCCAACUACGACUCACCCAACGGCGCCGUCAUCAACGCCGACGCCGCCAGCUUCCCUGCUCUUACUGGCAUGGGAUCUAGCAUCGCCUUACUCAAGCUUGCUCCCUGUGGAAUGCUGCCACCACAUCUGCACCCUAGGGCUACCAAUUUGGUCACCGCAAUCACCGGUAACACGACCAGCUAUAUGAUUGGGGAGAAUGGUGUCAAGACACGGAAGGUGGAUUUGAUUCCUAUGCGUGUUACGAUUUUCCCGCAGGGAAGUCUACAUACGAUGCAGAACAAUGAUUGCGAACCCGCACUCCUCAUCAGUGCACUCAACAGCGAUGAUAGCGGUACCCUCAAUAUCCUACCCAGCCUCUGGACUGUCCCGCAAGAUGUCAUCAGCGCUGGUUUCGGUGAUGCGUCUCUCAACACUGAAAACCUGGGCCAGACGAUUCCUGCCGUAGGUACCGGAGCUAUUAUUGGGAGUGCCGAGUGCAAGAAAAGGUGUGGUAUUCAGACCUAA